UUGUUUCUUUGUUACAGAAAACAUUGAAAUCUGUGGGUUACCCAAUAAAUAAAGCAGGAAGAGAAAUGGAAAACGAGGCUAUUAAUGGAGAAAGCUUGUCUCUUAAACAAAGUGAUGUGAUCCGGAUUUCCAGAGACGUAUCUGAUGAAGAAAAAACAGCUGUUGGCAGAAGAAAAAUCAAAGUGCAUAAUUCUUUUCUGAAGCUUGGGGUCAACACUGCCAUGAGUUCUGUUCCUAAUGUUGCCCUAUUAGCAUCUGGUGGAGGGUUGCGGGCCAUGAUAGCACUUCAAGGGGUUCUGGGAGAACUUCAGAAAGAGGAUUUGUUGGGUGCUGUGAUGUAUCUCUGUGGAGUAUCAGGUUCUACCUGGUGUAUGUCAUUCAUCUAUGAACAUGAGGAAUGGAUGGGAAAGCUUCCUAUUUUGGAAGCAAAGAUGUGUGACAAUCUUGUAAAUAAAUCAUGGGAUCCCAGCAAAUCCCUGGAUGCCCUUGUAGAACCAAGUAAAGAUGAUACAUACUCCUUGACCGAUUUCUGGGGCAGUGUCAUUCUCUAUGCAGUGUUGCAUGAGCUAGAUUAUCGUCAUUUGUCCAAGGAAAGGAUGGCCUCUUUGAAUGGGGCAGUUCCUUACCCCAUCUAUGCAGUGGUGGAUUCAAACAAAUUAGAUGACACCAGUAAAACCCAUCCAGGUAUAUGGUUUGAAUUCACUCCCCAUGAUGCUGGAUUCUUUCACCCUGGUGCAUUUGUUGACAUGAGGCUGUUGGGCAGCACAUUUGAGAAUGGUGUGCUGAGAAUACUCAAGAAUGAAAAAAGCAUUUCUUACUUGAGAGGCUUAUGGGGAAGUUCAUUUGCAGAUCGCAAAGAAGACGUGAAGGAAAUAGAAGGUUAUAUCAAACACCUGGGAGAACAAGCUUCAGCUUCCAGUUGUCACUGUAUAUAUUGCCAGGCUGCUUCACAUGCAAUAAAGCUUCUGAUUCAUGCCAUGGAAGGGACAGCACAUGAACAUCAGGAUGAAAACAUCACAAACAUUAUGGAACUUCUUAAAGAUCAAGUAGGCAGCAAUACCUACAACUUCCUCAGUUUAUUGAAGGACAAACACAACACUCUAGACAAGCCUGGAAGAGUGGCACAGUUUUUGACACUGGCUGACAUGUUUACCCAAGAAUUUGCAGCUAGGACAUCUCCAUUCACACAUCAUGAAGAAACAAAGAGAAGUAUAUGGGAUACAUUGAGAAUACUGUCAAAAACUGUUUAUUGUCUCUUCAAAUGGAAAUGGGGGACCAUCUCCAACUAUAUUUACAAAUACUCCAGCCUUAAUGACAAGAAUCUCACAGGCAAGGAAGAACUUCGUUUGGCCGAUGCUGGCUUAGCCAUGAAUUCUGCUUAUCCGCUCGUACUCCGUCCUGAACGGGAAGUCAAACUCAUUCUUUCCUUUGACUUCAGCAGUGGAAAUCCUUUUGAGACAGUCAAAGAAGCAGCCCUGUACUGCAAGGAAAAUCAUCGUCCUUUUCCUGAUAUUGAUGUCUCAGAGUUGGACAAGAGUAAAGACAGUCCCUAUGACUGCUACAUUUUCCAAGGACAUGAUUCUCCAACUGUCAUGCAUUUCCCACUCUUCAAUACAGUGAACUGCAAAGAUAAAGUAGCUGAAUGGAGAGAACAAUAUCCCACCCUCAAAGUUUCUUACAAGGAGCAGGAGGUCAAAAACCUCCUAGAAGCAGCAAAAGCAAACGUGAGGAAUAACAGAGGAAGAAUCCUGCAAGCGAUGAAAAGCAUGCUGGUUCCUUAACAGCUUUUCAUUCCAAUUUUGAGUUUGGAGGUUCUGGUCCAUAUUUUCCUUUCGCCUCUUUUCUAAGUGGGAGCUACUCAGCACCGCAUGAUUCUGUGCAGCAUGCUUCUAAUGUCACCACCAGGAAACAAUAUUUUCUAAA